GUUUAACUUUCGAUUUCGUUUAUCGACCUGUCCUGUAAUAAUUACAAUUGGUAAUACUAGGUCGAUAUAUUGAAUGGAGUCAGUCAGAACAGAUCAAAACAUUAAGUAAAUUACAAUGGCUGUUUCAAGUGUGUUUUUCAAUGUUCUGAUGUUGUGUGCACUGACAUGUUCAAUCAUCUGUACAGAGCACCGUGAAGCUGAAGAGGACAUAAAUAAGUGUAACGAUGGUGUAUGUUUGGCAAAGGAUUCAUUCAUUAGAGAUGACCUGGAUAAGUUGCAUAAUUAUCAGGAUGACGCGGCGCUGGAGUCGCAACUAAUGCUUCAAACCAUGACUACAGUGGAGAUGUACCGAGCACAACGUGAGGUGGCGCAAUAUCUCGAGAUGGCCCUUCUGAUGAGCGCUGACCACGCAGACGUUGCCAAAGAGAUUCGUAUUACCGCCCACGAGUCUCGAUCCCAGCAUCUCAUGACUUCAGGAUUGAUGAAGAAUUUCGCAGUGACAGCUUUAGACAUUGUUAGCAGGAAGAUCCCGAAGCUUUUUGUUGGUUUAAAAAUGAAAAAACCACCAGUUAUCAAGACGAUUUUAAAUCAAAUCCUUGCAACUGCUGAGGAGAUGAAAACAGAGACCGAAUAUACACGAAAAAGAUACUACGAUCUACAUGGUCAAGUCCAAAAUAAUAUUAUAACUGUGAAUACAAAAACUAAUGACAAUAGAAAAAAAUCUGAUGAAUUGAAGGUAAGAAUGGAGAAAGAAAAACAACAGGCCAAGCUCGCUAAAGAACAGGAACAUAAGUUGGGGAAGACAAAGGCUGAUUUAGACAAGGACAUUCAGAAACUAAAACAAAAGCGGGAUAAUCUAUAUGGUUCUGCGAAAAGAGAACAGGAAAAUAGAAAGGAUCACACGUUUAAGUUUGGACAUAGUAUGGGUGGUAUUGGAUUCAUUUUGGACCUGUUUGGGAACAUUUUUACCCACAUUUUUGGGGGAAAUGAUAAUUACUAUCAAGAGAUAAUGAAAAAAUAUCGUGAAGCAGACGAGUCCCUGCGCAGAACAAUGGAAGGACAGGAAGAUAUUAUUGAUCAAAUACGCGAUAAGAGGGCAAACGCAUUAAUAAGUUUGGAGAACCGUAAAAAAAAUGGUUCGUCAACAAGAUGGUCUUGGUGAUAUUACUCAACUUAAAGAAGCCGAUCGUUACCUAGGAAACGUUGAUAAACAGUUCACUAAAAUCCUCACAUUCUGGGAGAAUAUGGCUGCCACUAUUAAACUACUAAGAGACGGUGUCGUCGACAGUGCCACAUUCAUUGAUGAGAUAACAGAUCCUGUUGGGGAAACGCAGUUUCGCGAAGAUCUAAUUAAAACUGAAGAGAACUGGAAGUAUUUUGGCAAAAUAUGCAGUGAUUACAUCGAAAAAAGCGACAAAGACGUGUUCACACUGUACAGGUUUUUGUCGGAACCGAUUGACAACAAGAGCGCCGAGGCGAGGCGAAAACGGCAAGACGACAUUAUAGCUCAGAUCGAAGACGACAUUAAUUCUGCAUUGCCUUCAAUGGACGAUUAAACCCUUCGUAAUAAUUUGCUAUCGUUCUAAACUUAUAAAUUUAAGUGAAACAAAGUCAGGUAAUAUUAUAAAAUUAUACAUCAUCACAUAAUAUAUGGAAA